GGUUGAAAUUUGAUGAGCUAUAAAAUAAAUAUGGAAUUAGGAAAAUCAAGCCCGAGUUAUGCUGGAAAUGACAAUGAAAUGGAUAAAAAUGAGCCUUUAGAGGCCAGACUUAAGGGUAGAGCAAGGUUCUCUCCCAUCCCAGUGGAUGAAUUAAGCGUCUUGGUUAUUUCGAAACCAUUUGACCAAGAAUGUAAUGAGUGCUUUAUUGAGGUCCUUUCAUUACUGAAGAAAUAUGAAGUUAAAAUUUAUACCACAAAAUCAUCACUAGAGGCAAUAAAGGAUGACCCUAUUGUGAAAACAAAAGUGAAACCUCUUGUUUUCUCUCAAGAUGUUGAGAUAAAUAGGAUCAUUACCCUAGGGGGAGAUGGAACGAUCCUCUUCGCUAUUAAAUUGUUCUACAACAAGAAGGUCCCUCCAAUGAUCAGCUUCGGAAUGGGCUCUGUAGGCUACCUUUGCGCAUUUGAUAGCCAAGAUGUCACUGGAACUUUAGUAGAACUUCUAAAUCUACAGGCCAUGGGAAAGAACGACCAUAUUAGUGACAUCGACUUAAUUAGGCCAAUUAAAACUACAGAUCCACCUCCAAUUGUCGAUCAUAAGGAUAGGCUAAAGGUAACAAUGACUUCUAAUAGCAAGAAGGAGACCUUCAUGGUCACCUCAACUAUCUUUGAAGAAGGAGAAAAAGAGUUUGACUCUGGAGCCUCCAUUGGCGCCCUGAAUGAAUUUGUACUCGAAUCAGAGUCAUUUUAUCUCCCUUUCACAUGUGGGUUAUAUGUUAAUGAAACUUUUCUGACAGAUAUUUCCGCAUGUGGUCUUAUCAUAUCAACUUCGACAGGAUCAACUGCCUACGGCAUGUCGGCAGGUGGGAGCAUCGUACAGGCUGGAGUCGAAGCAAUAUGUAUCUCAGCUGUGAACCCCUCAUCUAUCUCCUUCAGGCCUCUAAUUCUUCCAUUUAAUUGAAAGAUUGCCCUGAAAAUUCCGAAAGGAAAGAACGAAAAUAGUGUGAGAGGAGUUGUUGACGGAGACUUCAAAUUCAUGUGAACUGACGAAGAUGAAAUCACUAUUGAAGGAUCUUCAGACCCUAUUCCCUUCGUAUCGAAGGAGGAAGACGACCCAAUGACCAGCUGGAUAAAAAGAGUUUCAUCCACUGUUCUAAACUAUUAAUUUUAUUAUAUUUGCCAAAUUC